GCCUGCUUCUCCUAGCCGUGAAUCAACCACCAGAGGCUCAGCAUCUCCGGUGGCAAGAAUGGCUGUCCCUUAUGAUGUAGCGAUUCCCUGAAAAUAUCAUGUCGCACUGACGGGUUACGCGAGGACCUCCUUCUAUACAUUUCCAUCAAUGCUCGUAACACUACCUACGCAAAGCAGCAUGGCACGUCUUCGUACACGCCUUGCUAUCCGUUACAUCAUUUGUGUUUUAAUCACCAUGUACGCCACGAAACGCUGGCUCGCGGGCCAGCCCCUAUUGUCCGAUGCCCUUCCUUCCUACUCAGGUCCCUACGACGUCGGUACCGUCGAUAUAGAAGUGCCGGCAGCGCACCCUCGGAAGUUUAGUGAUGUCGUCCACAGGGAGACUGGCGAUGCGGCGUUCGAACUCGAGACUGUCAUGUUUAGUAUAUUUUACCCUUCCGAGAAAGGAGUGAAGGGCAAGGGAGCGAAACACAUGUGGAUCCCGGAAUCUGGCAAGUUGUACGCCGAGGGCUAUGCACGCUUUGCUGGAAUCAACACUUGGUUUACAAACAAGCUGUUCGAAGGUAGCCUGUGGUCACUGGUCGGAUCUACGACAAUCCCAGCCGAGGUCGACGUCCCGAUACAAGGUGCCGAAUGGCUUGGGAAGAGUGAGGUCGUCAAAAAGGAGGAAGGCCAGGCAAUACUGGCUGGGGAUACGAAAGAGACCAAGAAAGAGCAGUUUCCAAUUGUCGUAUUUUCCCACGGUAUGGCAUCAGGUCGAACGAGCUACACGCAUUAUCUUGGCGAGCUGGCCUCUCGUGGCUAUAUUGUGGCUGCUGUCGAGCACAGAGAUGGCAGCGGACCCGGAACAAUCGUGUACAGGGCAGAUGGCACACAGAAGACCGUCUUCCACGCACCCGCAGAUGCGCUCGUUCCUAUUCCUGACACCGAAGAACUCAAGAAGGUACAACUGUCCCUGCGCGAAGCUGAGAUUGAGGAGACUAUCCGCGUUCUCAGGGCCAUAAACAACGGAGAUGGCCAAGACAUCCACCGCGCGAACACACGAAAAGAAGGCGACACGCUGGUUCAUUGGCACCAGCGCCUCAACUUUGAUCAGGUUAUCAUGGCAGGCCAUUCGUACGGCGCAACCGGCGCAAUGCAAGCGCUCAAGGGUGCACCCACCGAGCUGCGACCUUUCAUAGGCGGCAUCGCUCUCGACCCCGGCAAGAACUCGGGACCUCUGAACUCCAAUAUUGAUGUCCCGUUGCUCGUGAUCCACUCGCAAUCCUGGUCCGCGAAACGCUCAAUCUUUUUCGGGCGACCACACUUCGAUACCGUUAAGGGAGUUGUGGAGAGUAUCAGGGACAAAUUCCACGGUGGCAAGAAAGCUGGGUGGUUCCUGACGUCGAAGCAGACUAGUCACCCAUCGGUCACGGAUGCACCGCUCAUUGAACCUACGAUCCUGGGCUGGACCACGGGUGCCACAGUCGAUGUCAAGGAGGGAUUGAUGCAGUAUGUGCUCAUUUCCAAGGACUUCUUGACCUACCUGGUUGAUGGCAAAACCCAUGGUGCUCUUAAUGAGCCUGUAAGCCACCCGAAAUACAAUCAAGAAAUCAGGAAACUUCCAGCGGGUAUGGGCAAGUUCUGGCAGGUGCAUGUCAGUCCCAUCGAAUAGCUUCGAUAUAUUAUAAUAGA